AUGUCUAUGUCUAGCUUACGGAUUUUUUGCCAGGACUAUCCGCAACGAACAAUUGCUCUGGUGACCCCAGAACACGCCUUGAUCUUCUACUGCUCAACAGAUAUAGUGCCUAAUUCCCAGCGGGAGCCGCCACGCUGUUUAGUGGAGUUCUCAAGCUUAUCAUCUGUAGACCUUAAAGGUUACAGAGUCUUAGGAAAUGGAUAUGGCACACUUGGCUUGGUCACACUGAACGAAGAUGUCUUCCUGUGUGUUGUAACUGGUUCUUCGAAAGCUGCAACGGUCAGACCUGGAGAGACAAUAUUGAGGAUUGAUAAUGUGGACUUCUUUUGUCUUAAUCGUCCAGACUAUGAUGGACUGGAUUAUGAGGCCGAGUUUGCAACCGAUGAAUACAACCAUGCCACUGCUCCGGGUGUUGAAGACAGAGAGUUUGAUUAUCCAUUCCUUGCCUUGAAGAAGUUGCUCAGCGAUGGCAGUUUCUACUAUAGCCGUGAUUUCAAUCUCACGGAUCGGUUGCAAGAUCGUGCUGAAAAGUCGGCGGCUUUUGAUAUCGGAACGCUUGAUGAAGAUAUGCUAUGGAAUUCAUACAUGAUCAGUUCUCUGCUCCUCUUCCGAAGCCACCUCCCACCACCCGAAAGGGAACGCCUUGACUCCUCCAAGAUUCUUACCUGUGUCAUACGAGGGUUCGCUAACACAUUGACGAUUCCUGCCUCUGUUCCUAUCCUGCCUCCAGCUCAAACCAAUUUACCGUCUACCCUAACGAUAAUCUCGCGUCAAGCUUCACGACGCGCGGGAACGCGAUUCAAUUCCCGUGGCAUCGAUGAUGACGGAAAUGUCGCUAACUUCGUAGAAACUGAAACGAUUCUCUGGAUGCCCUCCGGCAUUACAUUUUCUUAUGUUCAAGUGCGCGGAUCAGUGCCUAUCUUUUGGGAACAAGCCACAGGGUUCCUUCCCGGACAGCAAAAGAUUGAAAUAACACGGUCUACCGAGGCAACACAGCAUGCGUUCAAUAAGCACUUUGAACACCUCGAAUUAGAAUAUGGAGCCGUUCACGUUGUUAAUCUUCUCAGCGGGCUCAAAUCCGGAGAAACAGAGCUCUCGGCAAAAUUUCGCUCACAUAUCAUGAGGAGGCUUGAACAGAAAGAAGAUGUCGGUAUUUUGUCCGACCAUGCACUUCUGCGGGUCACUGAGUUCGAUUUCCAUGCGGAAACCCGGGGCCCACUUGGAUACGGGGCAAGCAGCCAGAUCAGACACGAGGUAAUGAAUUCUUUACAGGGGUUCGCUUACUUCUUGUCGGAAGAUUCUGAGUAUACAGCCACAUCUGUUGUUGGAAGUUCAGAUUCGCAAAAGAGUUCCCCUAUUGUUCUACAACAAGAGGGUGUUUUUCGGACGAACUGCUUGGACUGUCUCGAUAGGACCAAUCUUGUACAGACAAUACUCAGUUCAAUGGCACUUGAGCUGUUUCUUUCCCAACAAGGAGCUGCCUUGAGUACUGAAGUUCAAAUGAGGCAUUCAACUCUGUGGGCUGAUAAUGGUGAUUCUCUCUCAAAGAUAUAUGCAGGGACCGGCGCUUUGAAGAGUUCAUUUACCCGGCAUGGAAAAAUGUCACUUGCAGGUGCGCUUGCAGAUGCACGCAAAACAGCCACACGGCUAUACGUGAACAAUUUCUCGGAUAAAGCGCGCCAAAAAACGAUUGAGCUUCUAUUAGGGCGUUUAACGAAUCAAAUGCCAGUGCGCCUAUACGAUCCUCUCAAUGAUAUGGUAUCUCAAGAGCUUAGUCAACGGGCAUCAGAAUAUUCCUUUGCCCGAUCAAUAAGGGUAUGGGCUGGUACUUUCAACGUAAACGGAAGCGGCCUUGGUCCAGAUGUUGACCUUGCGCCAUGGUUGUUCCCAGUCCUCGAUCAACAGGGGGAUGAACCGACAAUAUUUGCCGUUGGGUUUCAGGAAAUUGUCGCACUAAGUCCGCAGCAGAUAAUGUCCACAGAUCCUACCACACGUAAAGUAUGGGAAAAUGCUGUGAAAAGCUGUUUGAAUAGUCAUUCAAAAUCGAGAGGCUUAGGGAAGUAUGUCCUUUUACGGAGCGGUCAACUUGUCGGUGCGGCUUUAAUGGUAUUUGUGAAAGAAGAUGUGCUCAAAGAAAUCAAAAAUGUUGAAGGGAGUGUCAAAAAGGCAGGCCUUUCUGGAAUCAGCGGCAACAAGGGAGGCUGCGCAAUUCGUUUUGAGUAUUCCGAUACCCGGAUAUGCUUCGUGACAGCGCAUCUUGCAGCUGGAUUUGCAAACUAUGAUGACAGAAACAGAGACUACGAGACCAUAGAAAGCGGUCUUAGGUUUCAGAAAAAUAGGUCAAUUCGAGACCAUGACACCAUUAUAUGGCUGGGUGAUUUCAAUUAUCGAAUCGGUCAGACUAAUCAAAAUGUCAGAGAACUUCUGCUUCGCGGGGAUUAUCAGCGACUCUAUGACCAUGAUCAGUUGAACUUGCAAAUGUUAGCGGGAAGGGCUUUCCACUUCUACUCCGAGGGCCCAGUAUGCUUCCCUCCGACAUACAAAUAUGAUACUGGCAGAAAUGAAUAUGAUACCUCAGAGAAAGCACGUGUACCUGCAUGGUGUGAUCGAGUGUUGUGGAAAGGAUCCAACCUCUAUCAAAUAUACUAUAAUGCUGCAGAUUUACGGUUUUCUGACCAUCGACCAGUUUGUGCGAAGUUCAUUUGCACAAUUAAUGUCAUUGAUGAAUCUUUGAAGGCUCAGCUCAGGCAAGCCCUCUAUGAUGAGAGACAGCAUGGCAUGCAUGACUCCCUCGCAAAAGGAACCAUGCAGGUGGAUAUAAUAGAUAGGGAGGCUAUUCAGGCUGCUGAAAUUACACCUGCCCUUCCAGCAGCCAGUUCAGACAACUAUAAGUGGUGGUUAGAUGAUGGCGCCCCCGCGAGGUCAACCAUGAGGCCACCAGCAAAUGACUUUGCUGUAAACGUUAAUCGAGAUUCUAACCCAUUUUUCUCGAAUAACGAACCCGACUGGGUCCGUAUAUCAGGUCCAUCAGAAUUGGGUACAAAUAUGAACAGCAAUACGAACACGGGGCAAGCGUCACCGCGUUCUUCGGAAUGCGAGCUUCUCGGUGUGUCGCCAACCCAACCGGAAGCUGCCGACCAACAAAGCAUUGUCACUUGGGGAACACAAGGUUCCCGAAGAGUAACACAAGAUGUGAAAACAGCGCCUCCAAUACCUCGAAAGCCAAUUUCCCUAAGCUUGAGGGAAAGGUCACAUGAUGUGAAACCAGGGCAGACCCUACUGAUGAGAGAUGAGGAUACAACCCGGUCCGAGUCACACUUACGGCCUAUGAAAGACUUACGUUCACUAGAAAUUGCAAAACCAGGCUCAACGUCUCGAGACUCAGGUUCAAAUUCAAGUCACGCGCAUCGACAUAACAGACAAGAAGCACAGCAAUAUACAAAUACUGGAAGGGAUACCAAUGAUCUCUUGGGCGAUAUUAAUGAUGGGAGUAUCACUUGGAAACCACUACUCUAG